GAAAUUUGGUUCGAACUGAAGGUUUUGAUAACAAACUUAACAGGAGUCUUAACCACAGACUCAUUGUUAGCCCCUCACUAAAAUCCAUGGAUAGGAUUCCAAACGAUGUUCGAUGGACAGAACGGCCAUCGAGGAAAAGGCCUAAGAGGUGUAUCGAAAUAGGAAAAGAUGAAGAAGCAGGAGGAGGUGAAAAGGCUGGGAACUCUAAAAAACAAUCUUCCCGUUCUCUGUUUCCUUCUCCAUCACAUAAGCAGGAAGAACUGAGGAAAAUUUAUGGAAGAAGAACGGAGAGAAAUGUGAAAGAGACCUCUAGUUCUGAGAGGAAAAAGCCUAAGAGGCGUGUGGAAAUAGGAAAAGAUGAAGGAGCAGGAGGAGGUGAAAAGGCUGGGAACUCUAAAAAACAAUCUUCCCGUUCUCUGUUUCCUUCUCCAUCACAUUCGCAGGAAGAACUGAGGAAAAUUUAUGGAAGAAGAACGGAGAGAAAUGUGAAAGAGACCUCUAGUUCUGAGCAGGAUUCAGAGUCCAGUGAAGAAGAAGAAGGAAUCAGUGAAGAGGAGUUCAAGAAGACAGAAAUAUGGAAGCAGUUCAAGGAGGCCUUGAUGAUGCACACGCUAAGUGCAAAAACUCAGCCAAAAAGUAGUUUACCUCUCGCAUACUCUUUUUGAAACUGUUUUCACAUAUGCAGCCGAGAUAGACAGAAAGUUUUUAUGGUUGCACAUUUUCAAUUAUAAAU